AUGGUGGAUAAACAUUUGAAGACCAAUCCCCCUUCUGAGUAUGAAGUGGGGGAGAUUGUCCUUGUUCGUCAUCUGGGCAAGGACAAAGGAGUAGCCAGGGAUGGGCAGAAGAUAACCUCUCGAAAAGCUGUUGGGGGUGAGAUUUUACAAGUAGACAACAAGCUCCACAAAUACAAGGUCAAUGGAACACCACUAAAUCAGUUUGUCUGCACACAGCAGUCAUGGGAAGAUUACCUUUCAACCAUGGAGGCCCCCGGCACCUGGGGUGAUCACCUAGUUCUCCUGGGUGCUGCAGAGUUCCUCCAAGCUGACAUUGAGGUAAUCACAACAGCAUCAGAAACACACCCAGUCACAAUCAAGGCAGUGAAUAGACAAGAUAAAACCAAGAAGCUAUUCCUGGGACAUAUCGCUGAGUUCUAUUAUGUGAGCCUGAAUGAACUAGGACAAAUUUGCAGGGAUUGUCACUUGGAGUUGUCGGUGUGCCAAUGCGUGGACAACAUUAAUGCAAGUGACACAAGAUCAUCCCCACCUGGUUAUGGCAGUGAAGAGGACACAGUUCCAGAAAGUAACAAUAUUCAUCUACCAGAAACUAUGCAAGUUUCAAAGGCAUUCUUUCAGAAAGAGGAGGACAAUCUUGUCACGUAUCUGCGGAAUCUGAUUCAGGGAAACUUCAGGUAA